UUUCACACUUGUUAUUAGUAACUUUCUAUAUCAAGGGAUAUAUUUGUCUUGAUUUCUCAAAGAAAAGAAAAGGCUUACAAAAUGGGAAGACAACCUUGUUGUGAUAAGGUUGGUUUGAAGAGAGGUCCAUGGACUAUUGAGGAGGAUCACAAGCUCAUGAACUUUAUUCUCAACAAUGGUAUCCAUUGCUGGAGAUCGGUUCCCAAACUAGCAGGUCUUCUAAGAUGUGGAAAGAGUUGUAGACUUAGAUGGAUUAAUUAUCUGAGGCCAGACCUUAAGAGAGGUGGCUUCACAGAAAUGGAAGAGGAUCAAAUUAUAGAACUACAUUCAGGUCUUGGUAACAGAUGGUCUAAGAUUGCUUCACAUUUCCCUGGGAGAACAGACAAUGAAAUCAAGAACCAUUGGAACACAAGAAUCAAGAAGAGGCUGAAACUCCUUGGUCUGGACCCUGUGACCCACAAGCCAAUUGAGCAAAAGGAAAAUACUGAUGAGAACACAAAUAAGACCAAUCCACACCCUUCUAUUUUUGGAGGGUCUGAAGAAAAUGUGGAGAUUAAAUCCUUGGAAAAUGGUGGCACCAAAGAAAUGGCAAAAACAGAAGGGAAAAGAGAAGAAAACAAUAAGGUGAUUAAUUGGGAUGAUACCUCUGAACUUUUAAACAAUUUUGAAAUGCUAUGCUCAAAGUUGGACUUGGGAUCAUGGAUGAUGAGUCAAGAAACCAAUACUAGUACUAAUUCCUUAUGUAGUUCUUCUGUCUCUAUGGAUGACACUAGUCACCUCUCUAUGGACGAAUCCUCUUAUCUUCAGGAAAACUCCUUACAGCAAUGGGUUGAUAGCAUGGAUUCCAUUCUCUCAUGGGAUGGCUUCAAUCCUCUUGAUCAAGACAUUUUGUUCUUGGAAAAUAGGGAAUAAGCAUACCCAAGUCAUAUAAAAUGCCCCUACUACUUUUACAAUCUCUUCAAGUAAUAACAUGUUACCAAAGUUUAAUAUAGAGUAUAUUAGUGCCACUUUUAUCUUUUGCAUUUUCUAGCUUUUGGCUGCAGUGGUACUGAUUAAUAUAUGUGAUGAUGAUUACAUGUUGAAUGUGAAUUUGCUUUUUGUAAAUGUCUGUUCCUUAAAUGUAUUGCUUUGGAUAGAGCUCCUCAACAACAUCCUUCAGUCUCAUCACAUGUGUUUGGCUGAAGACUGCAGAGCAGGAUAAAGAUUAUCACUUUUUUUUGUCUCCUCGUUUUUAUCAAAGUUGUCACACUGAUCAUCAUGAAGUGUCCAACGUUUACCCCAUAUAUAGGUAAUAUUUAAGAGUUGUAGUU